AUGGUAAAAGCACGGGCUCCCAAAGAGGCCAAAAAUACCAAGAGUCACCUCAAGUCCCGGAUCGAUUUCUUGCAGCAAGCUGCGGAUUAUUUUCAGCAAAUUCAUCAACAAGAGUCUUCCACCAAAGAGUUCAGCGACAGCCAGAGCUCCACAUCGUGUACCCGGCACGAAAUUGAAAGUCAUUCGUCAUGUAUUGAGAAAGAUACGACGGAUGCAAAGCCGGCCAACGCCGUCGGACAGUCAAGCUCUGCGAGUCUUCUCUCCAAUUUAUCCAGAGUCUAUGUCUCUCACAUGCGGGGCGUAUCAUUGAAAACACAGACUCGAUUGUCCGUUCCAGUGAAGAGAGCAUUCUGUAAACGCUGCGACACCUUACUCGCUUCGGAAGUGACGUGUAAACACGAAGUCCGAAAUGACAGUCGCGGACGCAGGAAGCCGUGGGCUGAUGUUUUGGUUAAGCGUUGUCUCACCUGCGGAACCGAAAAGCGUUUUCCUCAAAAUACGAAGCGCAGCAAGAAGCUAUCAGAGCGUCACAAGGAUUUGGCGCAGGGGUCAAGGGAGAAGUCGCCAACAGAAGCAUCAUAG